CUAGUGAGGUUGAAGAUCAUCAUGUCCAGUUGGCACCAACUUCAGCCAUGCAACCCUUAUCCAAAACCCUAACAAUCUCAUCUUCCUCAUCCCAUUUCUAACCAACCCUUUUCUCUUAAUUCAUUCCUUACCACCCUCACUUUCAUUUCUGCAAUCACCCCUUCACUCCACCACCACCACUACAAUGGCCGCCACCUCAUGCUUCCAAGCCCUCUCAACUCCGGCCAGAUCAUUAUCAUCAUCACCUCGCAUUCAACCACCAAUCAAACCCACCCAACUCAUCAUCUGCAGCUCACAAAAACGUGAAGACGUUACAACAACCGACGCAUCAAUCUCCCGCAGGUUAGCACUCACUGUUCUCAUCGGAGCAGCUGCUGUCGGCACCAAGGUUUCUCCGGCGGAUGCUGCUUAUGGUGAAGCUGCGAAUGUGUUCGGGAAGCAGAAGUCGACUGAGUUCACAACGUACUCCGGUCCGGGGUUCAAGCUGUCGAUUCCGGCGAAGUGGAACCCUAGCAAGGAGGUGGAGUACCCUGGUCAGGUGUUGAGAUAUGAAGACAACUUUGAUACCACUAGCAAUCUUGCGGUUAUGGUUACACCAACCGAUAAGAAAUCGAUCACUGAUUAUGGUGCACCUGAAGAUUUCCUCUCCAAUGUUGAUUACUUGCUUGGCAAGCAAGCUUACUUUGGGAAAACCGCCUCCGAGGGAGGAUUCGAGCAAGAUGCAGUUGCAACUGCAAACAUAUUGGAGGUUGCAACCCCAGAGGUCGAUGGGAAAAAGUACUACUUUUUGUCGGUGUUAACAAGGACAGCUGACGGAGAUGAGGGCGGCAAACAUCAGUUGAUCAGCGCCACGGUAUCUGAUGGAAAGCUUUACAUUUGCAAGGCGCAAGCGGGUGACAAAAGAUGGUUUAAAGGAGCAAGGAAAUAUGUUGAGGGAAGCACUUCUUCAUUCAGUGUAGCUUAAGAUCACGAGCUUUGUAAUUAGUAUUCGCCACACCUAAGAGUAUGGCGUUUAUUUUGUCGUCCGCUCAUCGUAUUCCUCGAGAUGUUUGUGUGUGUGUUGGUUAAAGUGAUUGUGGAUAAAUUGUCUAAAAACUAUAUCAAUAUAUAAGGACCUUUUGCGUUUUGUCCAUAA